AUGUCCAAAUACGCCCGAGCUCUCUCGCUGCUGGCUCUUGCCCUCCAGCUCCAGCUCCAGCCCGCACAGUCCGUCACCGUCUACUACCAGCCAGCACAGUCCCAGCUCGCAGCGUUCGCUUCACAGGCUUCAGCUGUCGCCGCAGGAGCAAAGUACACAGGUCUCCCUGCGUACAACCCCGCCACCCUCAAUGCCCCUGCGCCACCUAACCCGACGGAUCUGCCGACAAAGUUCACCAUCCAGCUUCCAAAUGCUGUCCCAGCAGGCGCAUCCAUACCCCAUAACGGCUCUUUCAUGGGCUUUUCCGUUGAAAUGUCCGUCGUCAACCAAGUUGUUGGCAGAAACGCUUCAUUCCUCGAAGUCCCAUUCCUCAACCUUAUGGCCAACCUCCAGGCCAGAGUAGGCAGAAUCAACGUCCGCAUCGGCGGGAACACCCAGGAGACAGCCACACUCGUCGAGAGCACAGCCGAUGGGAAAAUCCUCGAGAAGGAUUACGAUGGAGUCACCAAUCCCACACAAACGCCGCCCCUCGUGUUCACACCAGAGCUGUUGUACAUGCUCGCGAACGUAUCAUCCCACGUCAACGUGCGCUGGUUCCUCGGCGUCCCAUUCAACGACACCGCGCACCCGCGUCUAGCCAUCGUCGAGCAAGGCCACGCGAUCCUCGGCGACUACCUCAUAGGCCUGCAGCUAGGCAACGAGCCGGACUUGUACGCUGCGCAUGGGCAUCGGCCGCAGGGGUACAGCGAGCAGGAUUAUUUUAAUGAUUUUGGUGUGAUGGUCGCUGCGAUGAAGAGUGAUCAGGCUAUACCGGAUUAUGUGCGCAAGUUGCUUGUUGGACCGAGUAUUCAGGUGCUUUGGUCGCCUGAGCAGAUUUGGGCUACGGGGUAUAUCGAUGCGUAUAAUGAGGAGCUGGCUUUUCUUUCCGUUGAACGAUACCCAAGUGACAACUGCGCCGUCGCGUUCCCUCUAAACGGCGGAACAGUACACGACCCACAACAAACCUUCCCCGACUACCUAACCCACAACAGCGCCGCGAACCUCGUGCAAUCGUACAUCCCAUCCACGGUGCUCGCGCAGCAGAAGGGCAAGGAGUUUUUGAUGUUCGAGACCAACUCGGCGUCGUGUGGUGGGUUCCCGGGCAUUAGUGAUUCGUUUGGUGCGGCGCUUUGGGGUGUGGAUUAUGCGAUGCAGAUGGCGGCUGUUAAUUUCUCCGGGGCGUUGUUCCAUGUUGGAGGGCAGAGUGUGACGUAUAACCCUUUCACGCCACCACCCACGAACGAGAGUGUAUUCCACAAAUGGUCCGUCGGCCCGAUAUACUACACGUCCCUCGUCGUAGCAGAGGCGCUGGGCCCGAGCAACACCUCGCAGGUGAUGUUCCUCGAGGCGAACAAUAAUAACAGUUUGACGCCGGCGUAUGGGAUUUGGGAGCAUGGGCGCCUUGCGAGGGUGCUGAUGGUGAAUUUUGUGUCGGAUAAUUCGACGAGGAGUGAUUUGACGGUGGCGUUGGAUAUGGAUGGGAGUGGGAUGCCGGCAACCGUGAAAGUCAAGCGCCUCCUCGCACCGUCCGUAUCACAUAUCGGCAACUUCACAUGGGCGAACCAGACGUUCGGGAACUACUGGGAAUCCGACGGGCGGCCCGUCGGCACAGAAGUUAUCGAGACCGUCACCUGUACACCCAUCCCAGGAAGCGCGAACCCAUCAUCCAACACAUGUCUAAUCACCGUCCCCGCGCCAAGUGUCGCGCUCGUCUUCAUAAGUGGCGACCCAGGAGACAACGCGGCUGCAGCGAGCACGACGUUCGCGACUACCGCGCUGACGCGGACGAGGAAUACGGUGACGGUUGAUCAGGCGGCGUUGCAGACUAGUAAUGGGCAUGGCGGGAAGGGCGGGGUUGAGUUGGGGAGUACGAGUCCCGAGGCGACGAAGCAUGAUGCUGCGCGGGUUGUUGGGUUUAGUGGUACUGGUAAGACAAUGAAGCUCGACGCUUGA